AUGGUGCUAAUAGAAGGAUAUAGCUCUGGAUCUGGCUCUUCUGAUGAGUCUAUAGUCGAAGAAGUUCAUGCUAAGGGCUCUUUUGGCUCAAAAAAAAGAUACCGCUUUACAAAGCAGGAGCUGAAGGCUAGAAAGCAACAGCGAAAGAGUAAUGGACCUUGGAGUGCCUGGUCAAGUGAUGAAGAUAAUGGUUCAGGUGAUAAAGAAGAUAGUGAGGCCGAAAGUACUACUGUUUUGGAGGAAAUUAUUGGGGAUGACAAUGAAGAAGAGAUUGGUAACGAUUAUAUGGAUGAGACAUCAAACUUUUAUGGGGAGGAUGGCGAUUUGAGUAGGCUUUUAGAAGUACCAUCCGAUUUGGAUAUUGAUUUGAAGAAGAAGCCAUUAUCUUUCAAGUGUUACUUACCGAAGAGGAUAAAAUAUAAAUUCUCGGGACAUAGUAGUGGAACUACAUGUAUGAAGUUUAUCCCUAACACUGGACAUCUAUUUUUAUCAGGUGGUAAUGAUAAUAUCGUAAAGAUUUGGGAUUUUUAUCAUGAUAGAAAAUCUCUUAGGGAUUAUAGAGGACAUACAAAAGCUAUCAAAUCGAUGAGUUUCAAUGACGAUGCGCAUAAUUUCAUUACAUCCUCUUUUGAUCAAACAGUUAAACUCUGGGAUACAGAGACGGGGCAGGUGAAGAAAAGAUUAAAGUUUAAAAGUACACCAAACUGUGUCGAAUUUAGACCCGCAAAUAACCAUGAGUUUAUCGUGGGAUUAGCGGACUCAAAAAUAGCACAUUACGACACACGUGAAUCUUCCAAGCAUGGUUUGGUUCAAACAUAUGAUCACCACUUGGGUAGUAUACUAUCUCUACGGUUUUUUCCAGACGGUUCAAAAUUCAUUUCAUCUUCUGAAGAUAAGACAGUCAGAAUUUGGGAAAAUCAAAUAAAUAUUCCAAUAAAACAGAUCAGUGACACUACACAGUAUUCAAUGCCCUUUAUUGGCAUACAUCCUGAACACAAAUAUUUUUGCACUCAAAGUCUAGAUAAUACAAUCUACUCAUACAGUUUGAGGCCGAAAUAUAAGAAACAUCCAAACAAGGUUUUCAAAGGUCAGAAGUCAGCAGGUUACAGUAUUGGGUUAUCUUUCUCUCCAGACGGCCGAUAUUUAUUAUCCGGUGAUUCUAGGAGCAAAAUAGUACUAUGGGACUGGAAUACGAAUAAAUCCUUGAAAGAUAUAAAUAUCCCCGGUAAGAAGCCAAUCACACAAGUGGCCUGGCAUCCUCAAGAAACUAGUAAAGUAUUAUGUAGCGGUCCAGUAGGAGCAAUUUAUAUGUUAGACUGA